ACAGGGCCUUCUUCAUCACUUCGGAAAAGCACUUUAGUCCUAUCUAUAAAAGCUCAUCAUUCGAUCCCUAGUUUAUUCAAGAGUAGUGGUAAAGAGAGUGAAUUAGAAUCAUGGGGUCAAUUUUGUAUCUCUUCAUCUUGAUGCGCUUUCUCGCUUUACUCUCAUCAUUUCAUCUAAUUGUUACUAAUUCUUCCUCAUCUGUGCAGCAGCCACUGUGCCAUGAUAAUGAGAGCUCUGCCUUGCUUCAGUUCAAGCAGAGCUUUUUGAUUGAUGAAUAUGCUUCUGAAGAUUCUUAUGCUUAUCCAAAAGUUGCAACAUGGAAAUCCCAUGGAGAGGGAAGUGAUUGCUGCUCAUGGGAUGGUGUUGAGUGUGACAGGGAGACUGGUCAUGUCAUCGGCCUUCAUCUUGCCAGCAGUUGUCUCUAUGGUUCUAUCAACUCCAGCAGCACCCUCUUCAGCCUUGUUCAUCUCCGGAGGCUUGACCUUUCUGAUAAUGAUUUCAAUUACUCUGAGAUCCCACAUGGAGUCAGUCAGCUUUCAAGGCUUAGAAGUCUAAACCUCUCGGAUUCUCAAUUCUCGGGCCAAAUCCCAUCGGAAGUACUCUUAGCACUGUCUAAAUUGGUAUUCCUUGAUCUCUCGGGAAACCCAAUGUUGCAGCUUCAAAAACAUGGCUUGAGAAAUCUGGUUCAAAACUUGACCCUCUUCAAGAAACUUCAUCUAAGCCAGGUGAACAUUUCUUCAACAAUACCUCAUGCGUUGGCAAAUUUAUCUUCAUUGACAUCUCUCCGUCUCAGAGAAUGUGGAUUGCAUGGUGAAUUCCCAAAGAAAAUUCUUCAGCUACCAAGCCUACAAUUUCUUAGUUUGAGGUACAAUCCAAAUCUGAACAUUUAUUUCCCUGAAUUUCAGGAAACCAGUCCCCUAAAAGUUUUGUAUCUUGCUGGUACAAGUUAUUCGGGCGAGCUACCAGCUUCAAUGGGGAAGCUUAGUUCUUUGUCUGAAUUGGAUAUCAGCUCAUGCAAUUUCACAGGAUUGGUCCCAUCUUCACUUGGUCACCUUACCCAGCUGUCUUAUUUAGACCUUUCAUAUAACUUUUUUAGUGGUCCAAUUCCUUCUUUCUUGGCAAAUCUUACCACUCUCACUUAUUUAUCACUUACUUCAAAUAAUUUCAGUGCUGGGACCCUUGCUUGGCUUGGUGAACAAACAAAACUCACUAUUUUGUAUCUCGACCAAAUAAAUUUAAAUGGUGAAAUCCCAUCCUCUCUUGUAAACAUGAGUGAACUAACUAUUUUGAAUCUUUCAAAGAAUCAAUUGAUUGGUCAGAUCCCAUCUUGGCUCAUGAACCUCACCCAAUUGACCGAAUUAUAUCUUCAGGAAAACAAAUUAGAAGGUCCUAUCCCAAGUUCAUUAUUUGAACUAGUAAAUCUUCAAUAUCUUUAUCUACAUUCCAAUUAUUUGACUGGAACAGUGGAACUCCACAUGUUAUCAAACCUCAAAAAUCUCACUGAUCUGCAAUUAUCAUACAACAGGAUAUCCUUGCUCAGUUACACCAGUACCAAUGCUACUCUCCCUAAAUUCAAGCUUUUAGGAUUGGCUUCAUGCAACUUAACUGAGUUUCCUGAUUUCUUGCAGAACCAACAAGAAUUGGAGGUUCUCAUCCUUUCUACUAACAAAAUCCAUGGUCCAAUUCCAAAGUGGAUGUGGAACAUAAGCAAAGAAACCCUAGAGGCUCUGUUCCUUUCUAACAACUUCCUUUCAGGCUUUAGCCAAGUUCCAGAUGUUCUUCCAUGGUCCAGGAUGAGCAUUUUGGAACUUAGUUCUAACAUGCUUCAGGGAUCACUUCCAGUUCCUCCAUCAUCAACCGUUGAAUAUUCAGUCUCUAGAAAUAGACUGGCUGGAGAAAUUCCAUCUUUGAUCUGCAACCUGACUUCUCUUAGUUUGCUUGAUUUGUCUGGUAACAACUUAAGUGGCAGUAUCCCUCAAUGCUUCACCAAACUUAGCUCUUCAUUGUCUAUACUCAAUCUCAGACGCAACAACUUGAAUGGCCCCAUUCCUCAAACAUGCACCAACACAAGCAAUUUGAGGAUGAUCGACUUAAGUGAGAAUCAAUUACAAGGGCAAAUACCAAAAUCAUUGGCCAGUUGCAUGAUGCUUGAGGAGCUUGUUCUUGGAAACAAUCUGAUCAACGAUAUUUUCCCUUUCUGGUUGGGAUCUCUUCCGAGGUUACAGGUCCUCAUUUUGCGAUUCAACAGAUUCCAUGGUGCAAUAGGGAGCCCCAAAACUAACUUUGAGUUUUCCAAGCUGCGCAUCAUUGACCUCUCUUACAAUGGUUUUACAGGUAAUUUGCCUUCAGAAUACCUCAAAAAUUGGGAUGCAAUGAGAAUCGUGGAUGCAGAAAAUUUGACCUAUAUCCAAGUGGAUGAGGAAUUUGAAGUUCCACAAUAUUCAUGGGAAGAACCAUACCCGUUCUCAACAACAAUGACGAACAAAGGCAUGACAAGAGAAUAUGAGCUGAUCCCUGAUAUAUUAAUAGCCAUUGAUCUUUCAAGCAACCGGUUCCAUGGAGAGAUUCCAGAAUCCAUUGGGAAUCCCAAUGGGCUUCGCUGGCUCAAUCUUUCCAACAAUGCACUUAUUGGCGCCAUCCCCACAUCUUUAGCAAACUUGACCCUGCUGGAGGCGCUGGACCUUUCUCAGAACAAGCUGUCGAGAGAGAUACCUCAACAACUAGUGCAACUCACUUUCCUUGCAUUCUUCAAUGUGUCUCACAAUCAUCUUACAGGGCCUAUACCACAAGGAAAACAAUUUGCAACAUUUUCAAGGGCUUCCUUUGAUGGGAACCCAGGAUUGUGUGGAAGUCCUUUGUCAAGGGCAUGUGGAAGUUCUGAGCAAUCACCACCAACACCUUCAUCCUCCAAACAAGGUUCAACUAGUGAAUUUGAUUGGAAAUUUGUAUUAAUGGGAUGUGGAAGUGGGCUAGUAAUCGGAGUUUCAAUUGGGUACUGCUUAACCUCAUGGAAACAUGAAUGGUUCGUAAAAACCUUUGGAAAGCAACAUACAAAAUGGACAAGGAAAGAAAGAAGGGGACACAGAGGCUGAAUUUAUCCAACUCAAAUUUCCUUGAUAGAUUUCUUAAUCUAUGUAUAUUGCUUGCAUUAUCGGACUUCUUUCUUCAUUUCUUUUUCCUUGUUAGUCAUGGUGUUACUCCAACUUGUGUUUUUGUCGACGAAUUGAUGUAAAAAUUGCUUGGAUUUCUUAAUUAUAUGUAGUGUAGCAAUGCAACUUGAUUAUGGUUUGUAUUGAACCGUAGACUGAAGGUGUUAGUCUCAUCACUUCUUUUAUAAUUCUUUCUUCUUUUU